CCAACACGGAAAAACAGGCAAAACGUCGAUACGCUCGCAACAGCUCGCAGCAUCCCUUUACGGCAAUUGCGUUAUUAGCUCCACCGAGCCUAUCUGCUAGAAAAUAUUACCGUUUCCGAAGAAGUUUUCGCGACAGACUCACAAAACUAGUUCAAAAUGGGUAAUGAAAGUUCGCUGCCUAUGGAACUUUGUUCCAACUUUGACGUAGAUGAGAUUAGAAGAUUGGGAAAAAGAUUUCGGAAGCUAGAUUUGGAUAAUAGCGGAGCUCUUAGCAUCGAUGAAUUUAUGUCUUUACCUGAGUUACAACAAAAUCCAUUGGUGCAACGUGUUAUUGACAUAUUUGAUGCUGAUGGUAAUGGAGAAGUGGAUUUUAAGGAAUUUAUUCAUGGAGUGUCUCAAUUUAGUGUCAAGGGAGACAAAGAAAGCAAAUUGCGAUUUGCAUUUAGAAUUUAUGAUAUGGAUAAUGAUGGUUAUAUAAGCAACGGAGAGCUAUUCCAAGUCUUAAAAAUGAUGGUAGGAAAUAACUUGAAAGAUACACAAUUGCAGCAAAUUGUUGACAAGACAAUAUUGUUUGCUGAUAAAGACGAAGAUGGCAGGAUUAGUUUUGAAGAAUUUUGUUCUGUUGUUGGUAAUACAGAUAUUCAUAAGAAAAUGGUGGUUGAUGUUUAAGUGAACCAAAUUUGUGAAGAACUUUUAAUUUUACAAAAUAUGGUAUGUUUAAUUGAAAUCUAUAAAUUAAUAAUCUAUUAUAACAACAGAUUUAUGGGAUAGUUCUAACAAAGAUCUGUUUAGAGUGAACUUAUACAAUUAUUGUUCUUAAGCCUUUGAUCAUUACAAGUCUAUCCAAACAAAAUUUACGUGAUAUGUCCGACUAGUAUAGUAUCAUGCACGAAUGUUAGAUCAACAGAUACAGAUUCAUUUUGAUGUCAUAUGUUAAAAAUAUUAUGGAAUAAAUCAAAUCAUCUAAUGUGUUCCUUUAAAUAUAAAGAUCAACAAUAUGAUCUUAAAUAAUUAAAGCUUUUAAAACUA